CUAUUAAUGAAGAACACAUAGAAUAAGGGAUGUUGCAGAGAAUUUUUUGAAAAUAUUAUGUACCAGUAUUACUCCAUAUUCUUCUUUUAGUAAUUGUUUUGUCACACCCGUUCAUGUUAUUGUUAUUUUUCUGAUUUUUACACGAUGCGUAUACAUGUAACAUUUCACAGAAUUAUAUCGAAUACAUCGAAACGCAACGAGACCUAAAUCGGCGCGAAAAGAAGGUUAAAAUAAUUUGACGUUACAGCGAUUCCAGAACAUGAAAUAUUGUUGCCGUGAUACGAUAGCUUUUUGUUUGGAAAAGAUCACCGAUCGGAUUCGAGCAAACGAAUAAUAGCGUAGGUAGUGUUUAUUUUCGAUCAGCGUUCCAUCGGUGGAAUCAAAACGCCACUUCCGGAUCAAACAUGUUCGAUGAUUGUAUAUUCCUGUCGCUGCGAUUCCCGCAAAAACUCUGGCGAAUCGUGAACGAAUGCAAGAGUGGCGCUAUCCAAUGGAGCUUGAACGGCACUACCAUUCUCCUCGAUUACAAGAAAUUCCAGAAACAAUACCUUGACGCGUCCAAUUCCGUCUUCAAAACGAGAAACAUCACGAGCUUCAUCAGGCAGCUGAACUUGUACGGUUUUCGAAAGGUGACGUCGCAUAAUCGCGACCCGAUCUGCAAUUCCCAUAACCCGAACGUCCACGAAUUCUUGCACGAAAACUUUCGUAGCGGCAGAUCGGAUCUGUUAUCGAGGGUGUAUCGUAAAACCGCUGGGAAGUUGAAGCAUUGCCAACGUAUCGGUUUGAGAUCCGUCACGGAACCGGAUCUUUUAAGCAAGAGCAAUGAUCACGUAUCGCGUUUGCAGAUGUGCCGGUUGGCAUUAACGAAAGCAUUGCAACAAAUAACAGAAGAAUAUCGACGAACGCACAACCAAGCAUCCAAAAAUAAAGAUUCUUUGUGCAACACUAUGGCCUCCUACAGAAAAGUAUUUGGUUCUAACUUAUACGCAACUCGAAAUCAAGAGACUAACAUACAAUGGAUUACAAACAAUACGAUGCCAAUUUCUCCGAAAAAGGAUAUCUCAAAUGGGUAUACGGCCUAUCCUUGGUGUGUCCGUGAAAUGGACAAAUCUCGUGGAAAGUACUAAUAAAAUUUUCUAUAGAUCUAUGUAU